GAUUUUUCACUUCUUUUCACUGUAACUGAGAAUGUCGGUUAAAUUAAGACAACCACAACUGACUUUUGUCAUGACGGCAAAACCAAUGAAGGCAUUGAAUCGUGUUAAGAGGAGCACAGUAACACAUCUUGGGUCCUGGUUGUCGUUCCCCGGAGAUAAACUUUAGUUGGAAACUUGUAGGCUACUGAAGUCAGCUUGACUGGACCACAGUUCAUCCUGGGGAAACCGAUGAUCCUGACCAUCCAGGAAGUGGUACAACAGGAAGUUCCUGCUCAACCAAUCAGAGUUGCCGUCGCCAAGCCGGGCAGAUGGCAGUGAGGGGCAAUCUACACCUGCUUGUGGUUGUCUUCCUGAUGCAGAUACAGACAGGCCACAGCCAAAUGCAGGACUCCCUUAAGUGCCUCAACGACCUCAUCAACAACAUAACGUGUGUGUGGAACAUCUCCAGACACGAAACGGGGACAGACGCGCGAUACACACUCUUCGGGGAGAGAAUUACAAACUACAGCAAGUUAAGAUACCGCUUUGUACCCUGUGAGCUGCGGCCCAUGAGAUCUGACCCCGCUCUGAGGGCAUGCUCCCUGCUCCUUCCACCCAACAAGACGUUUCGGAAUGCAGAGAAAUACACCAUUGGAGUCCGCUUAAAUGGAAGUUCACAAGACUUUGUCGUGAAUAUGACAUACAAACUUAAUCCCAACAUAAAGAUGCUCCCUCCUACCAGGCCAGGGGUGGAGAACCUCAGUAUCAGCUGGACCAUUUACAUGGGAAAGAUCUCUGAAUAUAACUGCCAGGUGCAGUACAAGAACCAUGAGGAUCCUUGGGAGUCCGCUAUCAACGUGCACCUGCCUAACACACAGCGUUCCCUGGACCUGGACGUGGACAGGCUGGUGAUGGGGCAGAGGUACCAGGCUCGGGUCCGGGUCCGGGUCCCUGAGAAAAAGUCUCCUUACGGAGCCUGGAGCGACUGGAGCCCCACUGCAUCCUGGGAGUCCAAGGUGGGCGAGAUGCCAACGCCGUCCCCCCCGCCUCCAGGGUUCCAGCUGGUUUGGUUCUCCGAAGCUUCUGGGGUUCUAGUGGGAGUAGUUGUCGUGAUCAUUCUGGGUCUCACUUGGCUCUGCAGCACACACAAACCUACCCGGCUUUACAUAGUGAAGAAACUGCUGGGCCCUCCUCUUCCCAACCCCUCCAAGUUCUUCCCUGACUUAAACUCCGCCCAAGGAGAAGACUUCAAGACAUGGCUGAGCCCCAAGUUCGCCCGCGAGUCCUACCUGGAUGCCUUCCUGCUUCCUGUCCACAUCUCUCCGCUGGAGGUCACCCACACCGUGGACACCGUCUCCCCCCGCAGGCCCCAGGCCGGUACUGCAUCCCCGGAAGACAAGAAGAAGAAAAUGGCCCGUGACCUUGGCUCCUGCUCCACCUUCUCCAACCAUAGCUACUCCCUCAACCUGCACCUCGCCCUCCCAGCCAACGGGGGCGCACUGGAGCCCUGCACCGCCGAUUCCCCUUACGGACCGCUGGUAGGACACAGAGAGGAAGAGAGAGGGGGGGAUGCUGAGGAGGAGAGCGAUGAGGAGGAGGGGGAGGAGGGGGACGGGGUGGAGGAGAGGGAACCAAACAGGGGUUUAGGUAAGGUGGAGGAUACAGAGAGCUCAGUAGAGGGAGGGGGGGAUUCAGGCGUCGGCAGCUGGGGAGAGGAUCAGGAAAGUAGGGAGAGCAUGGGGGAUCCAGACGGGCCUGCGUUCGCCGACGCAGGCCGCGGCGGCCAUUUUGGAUCCAACGUUUUCCAGUUUCCGUCGUGCUCCAGCCCUUUACCCACGCCCCUGCCCUGUUUCACCCAGAUCCCCCUCACCCUGCCUGGGCUUGGGAUGGAGCCUGUUCCCUUCACUGUGGGUCCUAUGGACUUGCCAGGCAAGAUACUGGAGGACUUAGCGCUCAUGCCUUCAUCUGGGACCAUAGCGCCCUCUAGUGGUGGCUAUAUGGCAGUGUAA